AUGAGCUCUUCCCCACAUGGCCGAGACGAUCACACGCCCAUCACCGCUCUGUGGCCAAGUAGCGUGGGACACGAGGGGAACAAUGAAGUGGCCUUUAUUCCUGGAAGGGGACGGUUGCAUCCUGGCCUCUCGGCUCACAACAACGUCCAUUCCUUGCCUUCCAAGCCUGUGGGGAACGGCCUGGGGCCCUCCCGGCUGAAAGUCCAUGUGAGGUCCCCCGAGAGCAGGCAUGACAGUCCCUUUCCUGUGCCUUCUGCAUCACCAGACAUCUGCCCACCGGAGCUCACCAUUUCUGGUCCCACAUCCCCUUCCAACCAGCGAGCGGCUUCGGCCAGCAAACCCAAAGUGGCCCUAGAUCCGCACAUCCGUCUCAAGGACGGGAAGCUUGAACUGAUGCUACAAUAUUUGGGCCUCGACGUGAGCGAGGAGAAGAAGAGGCAGCUACGGCAGAGCGUGACGACAGACUCGCAGGGCACAGUGUCCUACGGAGAUUUCCUCCAAGCGGUCAGGGAUCUGCUUCCGGAGGAGCUGGAGGAGGCCGGUCUCGAUUCGAAUUCGGUGCUCUUCACUCAGCACGAAGUGGCCACUCUGCUGGACACGUCAGCUUUCCACUCCCUGACGUUUGACUCCGUCAGUUGCAAUGACAGUGAAGAGCUGGAGCAGCUGCAGUUGGAGAUAAUGGAGCUGCGGCAGGAAGUCCGGCGGUUAAAGACUCUCCUGAAGGAAGUGGAGAGCAGCAAGAAGUCCCUGGAAGACGAGCUUCAGAGUCUGAACCAGAAGGCCUUGGGCUUCCUCUCGGAGAACCGAACGCUGCACAACAAGCUGCAGGUGGCCGAGGUCUCCCAGCGCCAGGCCCACAGCGCGGAGGAGGACUACGAGGAAGUCAUUCAUCUGCUGGAGGCCGAGAUCGUCGAGCUGAAAACGCAGCUUUUGGGGAAGAAAACCAGGCUGGCUUCGGAAGUGGAGAACGACUUCCUAGAGCUGAAAAGGCGGUUGUCCCUGGUGGACGGGCAGUUGAGGAAAUCAGAGGUCGCAAGGAAACGCCUGGAAUACUGCAAUGGGAGGCUGCUUCUCUUUGUGCAGAAUGUCCAUAAACUCCUGAGAUCAUCCUGCACAGAUAAGAGGGUCCACGUUCCAGCUGAAGAGAAUAAAACAGAAGGGACUUCAGAAGCCCGCAUUCCUUCUUCAGAUCUCUGGGGCUUGCUGAUUGCGGAGGCGAAAGAGCUGCUGGAACCUUUCACGCCCCCUAACUCUACAAAGGACUCUUCGCCGUACGACUGGGACGAAUGCCUGGCUAGGGACGGAGCCCCAGAGUGCAAAGACCACCCUCACCAGAAGUCAACCUGGUCUCCUCCUCUGGGCAGAGAGGACAGCUCCCAACCUCAAAGCACGUCCAGGGACCCUUCUGAGAAGCCCGCGUAA